GCAAGGUGGCUAGCAGGAGCUGGAUGCGAGUAGCCCAAGAUAGAUCUCAGUAGCGUGCAAUUGGAGAGGCCUAUGUCCAGCAGUGGACAAAGAUGGGCUGUUCAUGAUGAUGAUUGUAUACAUAUUUAUUGGCUGCACCGUUUCAUUUUCUUUUUCUAGAGGGUUGCCAAUUUCAUGUAAGUUCCACUCAAUCCAUUCUUUAUGACUACAGACAUUAAAAUAUAUAAUCUAACCUCUUAUAACACGGCCUCUGUUUUGUGUCAUGUUCUGUAGUCGGUUCUAAUGUGCAUAGAUGAGUCACUGAUGACUAUUAUAACAACGCUGCAUGUGCUAAAAAGUUUGUUCAAAUAUCUUAAGUAGAUAUACAUGGAAAAUGUUUCCGUUUGCUCAUUGUAAAAAUCCAUAAGGCAUUAUACCUACUUGUUUUUAAUAGUUUCCGCGCACACUAAUUACCUUCACACCAAUCGUUUAUUUUUAUAAUAAACUAACAAUCGAGGAAUUCUUAGAUAACUAAGUUCAGUUAGGAGUACCUAAUAUCUUUAUUUUGGUCGAAGCCUAAUACUCAAAAAUCAUUGUUUUUUAUCAUGUCAUCAAGGUCGUUGCGCGGGUGUGAUUCAGUGCUUGAUAUUUAUAUCAACAUAAUUAUGUGCGUACGGUCAGCCACACAAUAUGAUCAAGAUCUAUAAAUUGAAUUCAUUUUCAAUGUGAUGUAUCACGACGUAUAAAAUUCAUAAUAAUUGAUUUUUUAUAUAUAAAGGUUAAAAAAAACAGGCAUAUGGUUGCGAUACCUAAGUUUCACUCGCAAUCAUGCCUACUCUAAUUCUAUCCCCCGCCCCCUAUCUUCUUUAAGGUUCAGGUCACUUAUUCAGACGGGAGCUCCACUCAAGCAGGAAAUCCGCUGUGGCUUACUUCACUUAAAAUGACUGACAAUAACUAAAAUUACCUACGUGUCAUCAGCGCACGACUCUAAGGCGCACGAUGACUGGGUUUGGGAAAAGUGAUAAGGUUUCUAAUUAUAUAUAACGAAUUCCGUUUCACAACUAAAAUUAAAAUUCGAGAAACAUUUUAAGCAGUGUUUUUACUGUCAGAAAUCUAUGGAAGCAGGUUUUGUCUUUUAUCCUGUUGGCGUUGGUCCAAUACACGUCUGGCGUACUCACGAGCAAUGGUUGGCGGUUGGCUUGCCAUUACCAGUCACGUCUGGCAGCGCUUCCCCGCCGCAGGCGCAAUCCUCAGCGGGACGCGUGGACGCCUCGCUACCGUUGUCCCUGCAAACAGCUACACUUGGGGACGGAUUCCAUGCUCAACGAUCUAUGCCGUUCAUUCAUAAAAGUCAUCUUAAAGAUAUUGCUGUUAUUAUAAGUAAAUAAAACGCUAUAAAAUACAUGCAGUUAAACAUGAUUAACUUAGGCAAGUUUAUCCGUUAAUUACCAACUACCACACAAGUAAUAGAAUUACUAUAUACAAAAGAAAUAAAGUAUGAAAAGAUAAAAAGGAAAUUUGCGCUUCAAUGAGUGUCUAUUGAUAAAAUCGUUCUUUAAAGGGUUCAAAUGGACAAAUAAUUGAACCUUGACCCAGCGGUUUAUUAAUGAUGCUUCGGUCCCUAUACUGUACCGGCUCUUGAUAAGUAAAAAGAUGUAAUUUUUAUUUAAAAGAACGUAAGAAUAAAUUUAAUUCCUUGAGUCGAGUAGGUAGUGCAUUAAAAAUAUUUUAUUUGUAAACAACAAAAGCUGAUAAUAAUAGUACAUUGAUAUUUACUUAAACACGGUGAAUCAAUGCUGAAUAAUAUAUUAACAUUUUAACACAACAUGAUGUCACAAAACUAGAAAAAAAUAAUACGGGAACGAAGUACGCAGUCUAGUAUUGGAAUGGAAUGAAAAGAUAGCCAGUUAGCUCGACAUUAAAUAAGGUUAACCUAAUAUUGGUAGAACUCAUAGGGUAAAACAUUAGAAAUACACGAGGAAAGGGUAAAGUUAAAGACAUUUACACAAACAAGUAGCUAAAUAUGUAAUUAGUAUUACUGUUUUUAUAAAACUAAAGUCAUUUUCUGACAUAACGUCGUCCCGAGUCUAUAAUCGCAAUGCCUCUGACUUCGAUUGGACGAUUAGAACUAGCACUACAAUUCAAUCUCCUGACCACUGUACCCUAUACCCCCUCAUUAAUAAACGUAGAAUAAGCUUAGAUUAGUUACUCCAGGAUUUAUCUCUGUUCAUUGAAUUACAAAUUGCACUUGAGUGAUAUAAUACGGCGUAACUGGUCUAAGCCUAUUCUUCGUUAAUUAAUAUGGGGGACUCAUGACAGUUAAAACUAAAGAAUUAUUUAAACAAACACGACACAUAGUUAGAUCAAAGACAUUGAAAAUAUUAACUCACAACACACGUUAAUACAAUACAGGUAUCUUAUACAGCAUUACGUUAGUUGCAACAGCUUGUAACAAAAAAAAAUACCGUGGCAUCCUAAAUUUUGAAUGUUCAAAAUCUAUUGUAAGUACUACUAUUUACUACUUGAAAACGGAAAUAUAAUCAGAUGUAUACUUCUAAUGCACGCACGUAAUGCUCGUUAAUAAACAUAAUCAUUAACCAGUUUCGUGUAAGAUGCCCAUUCUAAAACAUCAAAAGGGACUCGGUCCUUUUUGCUGUUAUUACGUGUCUUUUCCACGACAGAAAAUUGAACUACCUACAUUUCAAAACAAGUUUGUAAUGUAACACGUAGCAAUUACGGGUCAUUAAACUACUAAUAGAAACACACCGUACAGAGGCUCAGAUUGGGCACAAUAAACAACUUCAAAUUGAUCUUGAAAAAUAUUACAUAGAGGUGGUUCCGCUAUUGAAUCAAUGGCGAUGAAAGAAUUGUCCCUCAUCCCUGGCACUUUAAGAAACCCUGCCUAGAGUUUCUUAAAGUGCGGUCCAUGAAUCAGAAGCCCUCAAUAUUCUCAAUUGACAUUAACAUUUAUGUGCCAAUUAGUAAUUUAAAGUGAUAUUUUAUUUCUUUUCCUAAAUUAUAAUUAUUAAUGUGUACGUGACUACGAUGGCGUCAAGAAAGAAUAUUGGGGAUACCUUUACGGUCGUAAAGUUUCCGUUUCGUGGCAACAGGACUUUAAUACUAAGCCGUUACUGUCCGUUCGUCUGUCUCGUUGUCGGCGAGCUAUCAGCCAUUGAAAAUUGGCAUGGACCAUGAUAAAUAGGAUUUCCACAGUGCCACAUACAAAACCGAAUUUUUCAGGAGAUUUUUAUAAACCUAACAAUUGCUGUAUUUUUAUUUAUUUAUCAAACGACUUGAAAAAAAGGAUGAAGGUCUCAAUUCGACUGCUUUUUUCAUGUUUGUUUAUAUCAAUUUUAUCUUGUACAACACGCACGUAACUAACCACAAAUCUUUUGAGUGCGAGUACGCUCACAUUCUCUCGGUAUUUUUACUUGAUCUGUAAGUAAAGCACACAUGUUUUCAUGUAAAACAGUUAUUAAUAAAAUAAAGCUGUUGCAAACCAACGCGCUCACUCACCGGUCAGUAUUCAUAUCCUGCGACAUAUUGUCCUGGUACAUGCUCAGAACAGACAUGGCCUGCAGAUCGGCCAUGUUCCCCUUCGUUUCCUUCUCCGUCUGAUCCAAACAAGAAGAAUGGAAUCACUUUCCCUUGUUGACUUGAGAAAAUACUUCAUUAUCAGCCUAUUAAUAUCCCCGCUGCAAGGGAACAAGCACUUCCCGAGUAGGGAGAACGCGCGCCUCGUGCGGAUUGGUUUAUACUAAAUGUUAAUGACUGCAGAUGCAGCCGGAAACAACUGCUUAACAUACCCUCCGAAAAAGCUCGAGAUAAUAAAUUUUUGUAGUCACCAUCCAACCUUUACUUUUCAUUCAUUCAUUCAUUCAUCAUCAGCCUAUUAAUCUCCCCACUGCUGGGGUACAGGCCUUCCCUAUGGAUAGAAUAGGGUGAUUGAGCCAUGACCACCACGCGGGCCCAGUGCGGAUUGCUAACGACUGCAGAUGCAGCCGGCACCAAUGGCCUAACGUGGCGUCUGAAGCACGGAGGAGCUCGAGAUAGUAAAUUUUUGGUCACCCAUCCAAUGACCGACUAAUGCGAAAGUUGCUUAACUUCAACGAUCACAGCCGAACGCGCUAACCACUUGUGCCAUCGAGCUCCAUCUUUUAUUUUUAUUGUUUGGGACAUGCCCUUCGGAUCCUUAACCACUGGGGGAGCGAGAAGAAGGUAUCAGGGACUCCUCCCUGCUCAUUUCAGCCAGCCCUGGGACACGAUGAAACGAGCAGGGCUCUACCUAAUGCCCUGAACAGGGCCAGUAAAAACCAGACAAUACUCCUGCACCGGUCAUCCGACACGCAUUCUGAGGACCGCAGUCCCCCCAAUGCGUGUCGGGAGUGCAGAUGUGGUCGUGGCAUCCGAUUUCCAACUGGCCACGCACCUGCCAAAAGUCACUAUCCCACCUGUGAUCAGCCUUUGCGAAAGUUCCUUAACUUCCACUGGAUAGCCACUACGCAAUGUAGCUCCUCGACAAAAUAGUUACUUUACAUAAAAUUAUAUUUUUAUUUUUUUAAGCAUUUAUCUGCUAGAUGUUUAAAGCUAAAGAAAAUUUUACUAGAACAAAUUCCACGCAUUCCACUUUACUUAUGCUUGCCUAAAACACAUAUGGAUGAGGCAAAAAAAUAUAACAAAAUCACAACAGUUGCUCUAUAGGCCUCCAUCACAUACUCUAUCACAGAAAAGUAUACUAAAAAUACACAAAUCAUAAUUUCAAUUUAGUUGUUAAAAAAGUAUCUUAUUAUUUUAUUAGGUUUUAAUUCAAAUGUAUCCAAUCAUACGCUUUUUGUGACGAAAAGAUAAAUUAAAUUACCGACUUUAUUAAAAUAGCAAUAACGCCGGCGACAGGCGACAAUGCAAAUUUCCCAAUGGAAUAUUUCAAUCGAAUUGACUCUUAUCUUAGUUAUUAAAUAGUCAAUACAAUGUUUUAAAUAAAUAUUGACUAAUUCAAGUACCUUGAAACCCUGCCGCCUCGCAUUAUGAACGUCGAUCCUGCGCCUAGCCACAUCAAAUGAUAAAUAAGAUAACACAUCAAUGAAACACCUCACAAACAUUGCCUUAACGGCAAACAACUGAAACCAAUACCGUGACCACUGACCUUGGCAGUUCACUUUUUAGCACCGAAGUUCAACACAAGAACGACUCACUCAUCGACUCACUUGUUUGUCUUAUGUACAUGCACAAUGAGAUAACGUCAAAAAUUCUUAUAUUAUUUCCCACAUUAAGAUUCAUCAGUCUCUUAUCAAAUUGUUCUAUGCCAUUGCAAAACCUUUAUCAUAAUCAGUGUAAGACAGUAAAAGACAAGUUGUAGUCUAGUUAUUACCAUUUUUAUAUGUAUUUUUCUUUCCAAGGUGCAAACAUGACUAGUGGUGCUACGAAAAACUAAUAUCAACUAAUUGCUUUGAGUCUAUAAUAGUGUCGUGCUAACAAAGAGACUUUUUUUGAGCAUACAAUAAAAAAUUGUCUGUAAAAUUUAGCUUCAUUUUAAGUUGCACACAUACACAAAAGUGAAAAAUAAUGUAUACAUCUCUUAUCUAUUAGACAAGUCCGUCCGUCUGUCUGUCUGUGGUGCUGUUUCAGCGGCCAAACCGUAAGAGAUAGAUAAAGAGAAUAUUUAAGUUAUAAGUUAAGAAUAGUCUGAUAAGACUACAAACCGGAUUUGAGUAACGUAGCACUUCCGGUUUUCGAGAAAUCACGAAUUUCAAACGAAACCGCACAAAAUCUCCGAAGUUCUCAAUUAAUUUUUUUUUUUUUUAAUCAGGUUUUGGUGAACAUUUAGUUCACUGGUUUGCUAGUUAUAAUAUAAUUUACUUUGGCAAUAAAGAAAUAAAAGUAUGGCUUCAAAAUAUACCUAACUUGAGCAAGUGAGACAUAGCUAUUAACGGGAUUGUUACCAUAUACCUUGUUUUUUAUGAGCCUCCGAUAUUUCAGCACUGUUGCAAGCACCAUGAUUACAGUGUAACUUACUUACUCUGCUUGCAACAGUGCUGAAAUAUCAGACUCAUAAAAAUCAAGCUACAUGGUACCAAUCCCGUUAAUAGCCAUAAUGUUAGUGAGCAUGAAAGUUUGAAACAAUAUAAGUGAGACAUACUAAGAAAAAAAUAUAGAUGGUGUUUACUUAUUAUAUAUUAAAUAUAUUUAUUUUAUUAUUUUGAUAAGGAUCUACUUGAAUGCUACUAGAUCUUAUAUUAUUGAAAAUUACAUCAUACUAUUGUUCUACUUUACAUAAUAUGUACUUAAUGACAAUAUAUUAAAAACUCUCUAUUAUCUUUUGAAAUAAGCUUUAUCUAAUCAGAUGACUAAGAUACAAUUUUAGUGAUAAAUAAAAAAUUGUUUUACCUUAUCUUUCCAGGCCUCUCCCCUUUAUAGAGGCCAAUAUCACUUAUCUAUAUUAGCAAAUUACCUUGGGGAUUUGCAUGACAUUGAAUCAUUCAAAACAAGUGUCAUUAAGCUUAAUGUACUGUUUUGAUGAAAAAUUACACUUUAAUUGACCACUAAGAGAAGCUUGUUUGCUAUUGUGGUGUAAUAAGAAGGAUGAACAAAAAUAUUUAUUAUAUCAAACUCCUCCUUUUGUUGAAGAAAUGUUAAGCCAUUGGUGCUGGUUACAUCUGCAGUUGUUAGCACAGAACAAUCUGCUUCGGGUCUGGGAAAAGGAUUAUGGUUAUACAACCAGUGCAAGACUAGUGAUCCUACCUUCUGCUUCAGAGUAUUAGGAUAACAGAUGGAUUCUAAUUUGAUUAUCCAUAUUGAAAGCAUAGAAGAAGAAAAACAUAAAAGUGCAUCAAUUGUCAUCAGUCUCAUAGCAGUAGGUGACCAGUAAAGUUUGAAAAUAUAGAAUACAUACUACCUAUGUUUAAUAAAGAAAAAACUACUGAGCAUUGAGGAAAAGGUGUUGAUAACUAAUACUUUGAUAUAUAGAUGUAUAUUAAACAUAUAUGAAAGGUAUAAUAAUAUACAGAAAUAAAUAUUUUGUGAUGCUUUCACCAAUUUAAUGCCACCUUACUAUAGAAGAAAAAGAAAUAGAAGAAUGUUAUUUUGAUUUGUCGCAUAAAUGGCUGUUAUUGCUUAUUUUUAUACAUAUCAUCAGCAGGAAGGAAGCUAUUUAAAAAAAAAGAUGUAUUGUUGUAUUCUUGGUAAAGACUAAAGAAUAAAUAAACAACUGAAGUACCUUCUGAAGUUCUCCAUCUCCAUCCUGGAAUAGUUGUUGGAUAGCGAGGUCAUUGUGCUGCGCGUCAGACAAGAAGGAUUCCGUUUCUGCAACAUCAGAUCUUCUAUGGUGUAGUUUCACACUACCGGUAAAUAGUGGUGUCGUUAUCUUCGGAGUAAACACAUUCUCCUCAAUUUUCUCCAAAAGGGGUUUUGGAACGUCCUCUUCGAGGGAUGGGUCUCCGUCGGACAUUACAUAAAAACCAGUUAAAAAACUUAAUUCAAUCACCAAUAUAUCCGGGAUCCAAUGUUCCUUUCAUGUAGUAUUAGUCACACAUGAAGAAGUUUUUAACCAAAAUUAAUGUAUUAUAUCUAUAAUGAUUCUACAUUAGCUUCCAAAGUUCGUACUUCCUCUGAAAUUAUUUUAUGAUACCCACACACGCAUUAUUAGUGCUAUUUCCUUAGAAUAAUGGCUAUUUCAGUGUAAAAAUACAUGAAUGACAACGGAAAAGUCGGAUAAAAAAUGAAAUGAAAUGAAUUUUGAUUUUGACAAGGAUUAUAAUAUGACAGCUGAGUUGAUUGAUUGUCAGAUGAAAAUGACAGACGAAAGAUGUACUACGUGGAUGCGAACAUGCCAAGGUGCGAAACUGGAGGGAGGAUCACUCGGUCCCAAAUGAGAGAAACACAACGGAGGCUACUUUACUUUAUGAGUAAAAUAACGACAUUUUAUCACCGUAUUACGGUUUAUUUAUUACUAGCUGCUGUUGCCCCCGAUUUCACCGCCGUGUAAUUCGUUACAGGAGGACUUUAUUUAGCCAGUUUAGGUAUACACUUAUUUUUCUUAGGUGUGCCAUCUCCAUAGGUUUCAGUACUCGAAGGUUAUUCGUAAACUUGACAUCAGUCUGUCCUUUUCACUCUAUAAAAAGUGCUACAGUUGUUUAUAUUUAUUUUUCAUAUUGGCAACUAAUUCUGCCACGCCGCUAAUGAGCUGUCACUUUGCGUCGGUGGCUGGAUGGCGAAUAGGUUGCCGGCGAUUAUUUCCUUUAUUUUCACACAGUUUAUUGUUUUCUUUAUGUGAAAUUUUAAGUGAAAUUACGAGUUAUUAAUUAAAAAUAUGACUGCGGAAGUACAAGGCAGGAUGAAGCUGCCUCAGCUUACAUCCGAUAAACAAUUAACAUUUUUAAAGUUGUCUGUUUUAUCGAUGGCAGCGAUUUUAUCAUUCGCCACACGUCUAUUCUCUGUACUUCGCUUUGAAAGUGUGAUCCACGAGUUCGAUCCAUACUUCAACUAUCGAACUACAAGAUAUCUCACAGAAGAAGGCUUUUACAAGUUCCACAACUGGUUUGAUGACCGAGCAUGGUAUCCUCUAGGGCGUAUCAUUGGAGGUACAAUAUAUCCUGGACUUAUGGUGACAUCUGCCACUUUAUACAACAUCAUGCAGUUUCUCAACAUCACCAUAGACAUCAGGAAUGUGUGUGUGUUCCUGGCACCAUUCUUUUCGUCUUUAACCACUAUUGUCACUUACCUGCUGACUAAGGAACUCAAGGAUGAAGGUGCUGGCCUUGUAGCAGCUGCCAUGAUAGCCAUUGUGCCAGGAUAUAUAAGUCGGUCAGUUGCUGGUAGCUACGACAAUGAAGGAAUUGCCAUCUUCUGUAUGUUACUAACAUAUUACUUCUGGAUCAAGGCUGUUAACACUGGUACCAUUCUCUGGGCCACAAUGACAGCAUUGGCUUACUUUUAUAUGGUUUCCUCAUGGGGUGGCUACGUAUUCCUCAUCAAUCUGAUUCCCUUGCACGUGCUGGCUCUCAUGCUCCUGGGCCGGUUCUCUGCACGUGUGUACGUGGCCUACAGCACCCUGUACUGUGUCGGCACUAUACUCUCCAUGCAGAUAUCAUUUGUUGGCUUCCAGCCAGUGCAGAGCUCGGAGCAUAUGCUUGCCCUGGGAACGUUCGGGCUAUGCCAGUUGUACGCAUUUACACAGUACUUGCGAGCUCAUCUGACGCCCGCGCACUUCGAGCUCAUGUUCAAGGCUCUCGUGUGGACGCUACUCGCAACGCUGGGCACCGCUGCUGUCGUACUCACUAUCACUGGUAAAAUCUCGCCUUGGACUGGCAGGUUUUAUUCCCUUCUCGACCCAUCCUACGCCAAGAACCACAUUCCGAUCAUUGCGUCGGUCUCGGAACAUCAGCCGACGUCGUGGUCCUCCUUCUACUUUGACCUGCAAGUGCUGGUCUUCCUCUUUCCCGCUGGGCUCUACUUCUGCUUCAGCAAACUCACGGACGCCAACAUAUUCAUCAUCCUUUAUGGAGUACUCAGCAUAUACUUCGCCGGUGUAAUGGUGCGACUUAUGCUGGUCCUAGCGCCGGUAAUGUGUAUAGUGUCCGGUGUUGCUGCGUCCAGUCUGUUGAGUCUUCACGUGAAAGACAUAGAGCCGAAAGUUGAAAAGCACGAGAAGAAAAAGAAGCACGAAAAUAACCUGGUAUUCAGGUCCGAGGUGGGCGCUGUGUUCGUAUGCGUGCUGGGCUGCCUGCUCAUCUCGUACGUGUUCCAUUGUACGUGGGUGACGUCAGAGGCGUACUCUUCGCCUUCUAUAGUGCUGUCGGCGCGGGCGCACGACGGCGCGAGGAUCAUAUUCGACGACUUCCGUGAAGCGUACACGUGGUUGAAGAUGAACACGCCGGAGGAUUCAAAAGUGAUGUCCUGGUGGGACUACGGCUACCAGAUAACGGCGAUGGCGAACCGCACAGUGAUAGUGGACAACAAUACGUGGAACAACACGCAUAUAUCCCGCGUGGGGCAAGCUAUGGCCUCGACUGAGGAACGAGCGUAUGAAAUAAUGCGAGAACUGGACGUGGACUACGUGCUUGUCAUAUUCGGCGGAUUAGUCGGGUAUUCGUCUGAUGACAUAAACAAGUUCCUAUGGAUGGUCCGUAUUGGCGGCAGCACGGAUCGCGGCGCGCAUAUCCGCGAGGCCGACUACUACACUUCAGCCGGCGAGUUCAGAGUCGACGCGGCCGGAUCCAGCACUUUGCUCAACUGCCUUAUGUACAAGAUGAGCUACUACAAGUUCGGACUCGUGUAUACGGAGGGCGGUCGGCCGCCCGGCUUCGACCGCGUGCGCGGUGCCGAGAUAGGCAACAAGGACUUCAACCUCGACGUGCUAGAGGAGGCCUACACCACGGAGCACUGGCUCGUGCGCAUCUACAAGGUCAAACCGCUGCCCAACCGCGGCCUAUGAACAAUGAUACCAGUCUAUCUUACCAUAUAGCGCGCUCAAAUUGGGUAUUUUCCAAAUAUUUGAAAACAACUUAUAUUUAAAGAUUGGGACAAACGAUUUAAAUAAAUAAAUUGAUUUCUUUUUUCUCCAUUAAACCAAUUGAGGUUGAAUUUAUUUUUAAUGGUUUGGAAUUUACCGCUGAAACGCUC